AUGUGGUGGAGAGAUAAGGAUUUUCCUCCAAAGUUGGAAGCUUGGUGGGCAGAAAGUGAUAUUUUCUCAGGGACCUCGAGCUUCCGCUUUGUUAAAAGGCUCAAGAUGGUGAAGCAGACCAUUAGAGAAUGGAACGAGGUCUCGUUCAAGAACAUUUUUGCAGAGAAACUUAGAGUGGAAACAGAGGAAGGCGAUUUGAAUACAAAAAUUUUCCAUGCCUCUGUCAAAGAAAAAAGAGUUAACAAUCGGAUUACUCGUAUUCAGGAUGGGGUUGGGGCCUGGAAAGAUAAGGCGGAGGUCAUCGAAGGGAUUGCAGUUAACCAUUUCAAAGCACUCCUUGGAGAUAGUAUUUAUGAUCAUCUUCCCACCUCCUUGCUAGACAUCAUUCCCAAAUUAGUUUCGGAGGAAGAAAAUUUUCAGUUAAUGCAACCCUUCACGCUUCAGGAAAUCAGGAAGGCUACUUUUGACAACCCCCCAUUCAAAUCUCCUAGGCUCGAUGAUAUGAUGAUGGAAUUCUUCCAAAAAUGUUGUGGAUUCAUGGGAGAAGAUAUUUUAAAGGUGGCAGAAGAUUUUAGGAGAAAAGGCAGGUUCGUUAGAGAACUGAAUAAUACGGUCAUAGUUCUGAUCCCCAAAAAGCAGGAGUGUUCGACCAUGAUGGACUUCUGCCCGAUAUCCCAGUGCAAUUCUCUAUACAAGAUAGUGUCAAAGGCAAUUAUGAACAGAUUGAAACCUCUGCUCAAUAAGAUCAUCUCUUCUGAACAACAUGGGUUCAUUCCAGGUAGGGAAAUUAUGGACAGCAUCCUUUCUACGAAAGAAACCAUUCACUCAAUGCAAAUAACCAGGAGCCCAGAAGCUUUGGGUAGAAACAUUAAGAAGCAGGUCAAGUUGGGCCUUUGGCGAGGGAUAUCCAUUCAUGAUGAUCUGGAGCAUAUCUCUCACUCCCAAUUUGCAGAUGACACAAUUUGUUUGGGGAGGCUUCGGAAAGGGAGGUUAAGCAAUAGAGCUUACCUAGCUUUGGACAUUUUGCUUAAGAAAUUCCUAUGGGAGGGAUCGAAGGAAACAAGCAGGAUCCCUUUGAUUAAUUGGGAAAUGGCCUACAUGAUCAAGGAAGAAGGAGGAGUAGGUUUGAGAAAGAUGAAUUUACAGAAUCUGGCGUUAGGAGCUAAGCUGGGGUGGAAGAUGUUUAAAUAUCCUCAGAAACUAUGGUGUAGAAUUAUGGACUCUUGGAAUGGGGAUGUUCCAAUAGAUGACCUGUUUGAGGAUAAGGACUGGGUAAACCAUGUGGAAGCAUCUGUAGGGCCAUGGGUGGCUGAUUAUCUCCAAAUUCAAAACUUGUCAUGGAAAAGUGUGGGGGAAUGGCAUCAAGUCAACCAAAAGAGGCUCUCAGACAUUCUCUUGUUGAAGAAGGUGUUUCCCUCUGAGGAAGAGGAUAGCUUACUUUGGAGUGCUUCCAAAUCAGGGGAUUACAGAGUUAACCUUGGUUACGAGCUCUAG